AACAGCACUUUUUGAAGGCUAUUCUCUCUCUCUUACUUUUUCUCUCUCUUAUCUGUUCUGGAAGAAUACAAGUGCCUACUUUUUUACAGUUACUGUCUGGCUGUCUGUCCAAAGAUUGGCAUCAUGCACACCAAGGAAAACUCAUGUUGCUGUUCCUUUGAUGACUGCAAACUGACUACAGAAUGGCUGCUGAGCAGUACGAGACACCGGCCAAAGAUUGCUAUUGUGUGUGGAUCUGGACUGGGCCUCCUCGCAGACAGUGUCUCCAACAAACAAACCUUCCGCUAUGAGGACAUUCCCAAUUUCCCAGUGAGCACAGUUCCUGGUCAUGAAGGGUGCCUGGUGUUUGGUCAAAUGAAAGGCAAGUCCUGUGUCUUCAUGCAGGGAAGGUUCCAUCUCUAUGAGGGUUACUCACUGUGUAAGGUCACAUUCCCUGUGCGGAUCUUCAAGCUGAUGGGUGUGGAGACCAUUAUUGUAACAAAUGCCUCUGGAGGUCUUUGUCAGGAUUUCAAAGUUGGAGACAUCAUGGUCAUUAAGGACCAUAUAAACUUGCCGGGGUUUGCUGGACAGCACCCACUGUGUGGACCCAAUGAUGAACGGUUUGGCAUACGGUUUCCUUGCAUGUCUGAUGCUUACAGCAAAGACCUGAGGAAGCUCGCUUUAGACAUCACGGCUGAGCUGGGCUACUCCAAUUUUGUGCGAGAAGGGGUUUACUGUAUGGUUAGUGGACCCAACUUUGAGACCAUCGCUGAAGCGCGCAUGCUGCAAAUCUUAGGGAGUGACUCUGUGGGUAUGAGCACGGUUCCUGAGGUGACAGUAGCCAAGCAUUGCGGACUGAGGGUCCUGGGCCUCUCGCUCAUCACCAAUAAGGUUUCUCUGGACUACAGUCGUGAGGAGAAGGUCAAUCACGAGGAGGUACUGCAGAUCAGUAAGAUGAGAGCUGAGAUGCUUCAGAAUGUACUCAUAACAUUCAUCGCUCGCUUGCACCAAGUGGAGAACAUGAACAACAACUGCAUCUACUCAAAUGCUGUGUAGGGUCAAUCAGGCCAACUGAAUCAAGGGCAAUGUGGAUGCCAUGUAAUUGUAUGGAUCUUAUGGGCUCCAUAUUUUGUUCAGCCUGUAUUUAUCUGCAGUGUAUGUGGUUGGUUGAAAGUCUCCAGUAGAUCCAAUGGCAGACCUCAUGGUGCCUUUAAGAAAAAUAUGAAUAUUAUCUCCAAAUUGCAAUUGUUACUCUGCUGAAAAAACAAAACAAAAACAAAAAAACAGCCUAAUAUGGUAAGCUGGUCUCCAAGUCUGUCCAAGCUGGUUAAGUUGGUAUAUUUUGAUGGUUUUAGAGAGGUUUUGGGCACAUGUCAAAUGCUCAGGCUGGGAGAAAAGCUGGACGACCAGAUUAAACCAGCUAAACCAUCUGGGAGACCAGAUUAAACUAGAUUAACCGGGGGCCUGGGUAGCUCAGCAAGGAAAGACGCUGACUACCACCCUGGAGUCGCAAGUUCAAAUCCAGAGCAUGCUGAGUGACUCCAGUCAGGCUUCCUAAGCAACCAAUUGACCCAGUUGCUAGGGUGGGUAGAGUAUCCUCCUCAUGGUCACUAUAAUAUGGUUCUCGCUCUCGGUGGGGCAUGUGGUGAAUUGUGCGUGGAUGCCACGGAGAAUAGCAUGAUGCCUCCACAUGCACUAUGUCUCUGUGGUAACGCGCUCAACAAGCCAUGUGAUAAGAUGUGUGGAUUGACGGUCUCAGACGCGGAGGCAACUGAGAUUUGUCCUCCAACACCUGGAUUGAGGUGAGCCACUAUGCCACCUCGAGGAGUUAGAGCACAUUGGGAAUUGGGCAUUCCAAAUUGGGGAGAAAAGAGGAGAAAGAAAAAAACUAGAUUAACCACUUUAGGCUAACCCAGCAGGGUUGUUAAAAUAUUCUAUUUUCCUGCUUUUUUUUCACGCUGUGAUUAAUAAUCUAAAAGCAUUGUAAAAUGCAGCAAACACAGUAGUGAUAUACCGUGUAACAAUAUAACAAUGUAACAAUGUGUCAAAACUGUAAGACCCUCAAUAAAUGAUCAGUAAAUGAUCAUUUCUUUUCUGAGGUACUUAUGUAACAUAAUAUAAUAAUUAUAUAAAGAAUGACAUAAUAUAGAAAGAAUUCCUCCGGCUUGUAGAAAGUUUUUGGGACUCCAUAUCUAAAUUGCUAACAGCAAAAUCACUUUGCAUGUGCUGAUCAAUUACUCCCAAUUCAUCAGAUUUUUUUAUUUUUUUUAAAUCCCUUUUUUCCCCCAAUUUGGAAUGCCCAAUUCCCACUAUUUAGUAAGUCCUCGUGGUGGCGCGGUUACUCGCCUCAGUCCGGGUGGUGGAGGACUAGUCUCAGUUGCCUCCACUUCUGAGACAGUCUGUCCAUGCAUCUUAUCACAUGGCUCGUUGUGCAUGACACCGCGGAGGCUCCGCAUGUGGAGGCUCAUGCUUCUCUCCAUGAUCCACGCGCAACUUACCAUGUGCCCCAUUGAAAGUGAGAACCACUAAUCGUGACCACGAGGAGGUUACCCCAUGUGACUCUACCUUCCCUAGCAACCGGGCCAAUUUGAUUGCUUAGGAAACCUGGCUGGAGUCACUCAGCACACCCUGGAUUCGCGACUCCAGAGGUGGUAGUCAGCGUCAAUACUCGCUGAGCUACCCAGGCCCCAAUUCAUCAGAUUUUUAAAUUUAGCCAUGUUUAUUCAUUAUAUGAUGCAUUGAAAGCAAAUUCAUCUUUUUCCUUUUUAUUAUUCAUGAAAAUAGAAAACUUGUUUAUGCAAACCCAAGAGAUAAGAAUUAUGUAAGAACACUAAUUGCAUAAUUAAGAUUAGUUAAAUGCUUAUGAAAACUUUCAGAACAUACACUGGAAAUGUAUUCCCUGCUUGCAUUCUUUAAAUAGUUUUGUAUCAUCAGUUUUAAACUUUCAGUGGUGAUUUUAGGGUUUGUUUGGACAACUUGCAAUUCAGCUGUCACUGCAUUAUGGUAAAUUCAACCUUCAGAGAGAAACCCUUAUUAUCUCUUUUAGUGAAGAAAAAAAAAAAAAAAAACUGAUAUCAAUAUGUCUGUUUUUGAUGGAUUCUGUAAAAUUGUAUAGAGGCCUAAUUGUAAUCAGAAAUUACGUAAAAAGGAACCUGAUGUGAAUCUUAAUCUAAAUUGCUAUAACCCUUCAGUAAUUAGAUUAGCAGGUUAAAAUGUUGCAUUUAGAAUCCAAUUGACUAGCCUUUUAACCGUGAGCAUAUUGUGCAGGUUAACAAACACUGAUACAGUUGAAUCAGUUACCAAUCAAAACGUAUGUUGUGUGUACAGAGUUGCGUUCAUUAGCAGGUGUUGCUGUUUUUGCCAUAUUAAAAAACACCAGCAUGGGACAACACAUUUUGAAUUAUUUUUAUCUUUCAAUAGCAAACAUUUUAAUUUUGUGCUUCUAAGAUGCAACUAUGGUGGUCAAAAUGUUAUUCUUCUAAUUAGCACCAUCUUAUAAUGAGUAUUCUUAUCAAUAAAAUGGAUUUUCACUUAAUCAGGAAUUUGAGUUGAUAUUGCGGGCAUAACCUUCUUUGAUUUUCUUUGAAUGUCAAGUACCAAAAACCAAAUGUUCAGCAGGACAACAUUCAUUAAAAUGCAGACGGCCGCAUUUCUGUUUUUUGGAGUCAGCAUGAAAUAUUGGUCCUCUCUGACCAUUCUUUGAGGCUUUGAAAGUUCUAUCGGAAACAUGGAUCCUAAAGCUCUUUUUCUGUUUAAAUUCCUCACUGAACAAAAAUCUGAACUUUGACCAUUUAAGCUCAGACAUAGAUUAGCAAGGACAAAAAACUGCUUAUUGUGGAAUAAUCUGAGAAACCCAGACUUUCUACUUGCUCCCAAGUGCCACCUCAUUUUGGAGAUGAUCCAAAUACCCCAGAAGAAACGUCUGUGAUUGGUGAUACCUGGGCUGUCAUAGAUAGGAUAAUGUAGUGCUUGCUGGAUCUUCAGGAUCUGAUGGGCACAAAUGUACUUUCAUAAUGUUAUACAAUGUUAUACAAUCAGACUUCGUUAAAAACAGACUUUACUAAAAAUAGCAGGUAAUUCAGUUGGGAGCAAGGUGGAAAUUAUUUGUAAAUGGAGUAAAUGUAAAAAGAGUGAGAUAAAUAUUACAGAAAGUAAUAAUGCCAAGCAUUUUGCAGAUUAAAAUAAUUUCAGUGUGGACAUUUCUAUUGUGAAAAAUUAACAGAAAAUAGCAUGUGGGAAAUAUAAUUUAAAAUAAGCAAAUGAGUGAUCAAGAUAAACAAAAAAUAAUAACUGAAAGAUGGCUCCCAUUUCCCACUUGCUCAACAGUUAACUGCU